GUUGAAGCUCUUCUGGUAACGCAUUCAUUCUCUUCAUCGUCAUCAUCUCAGGUACGGCAUACAAGCAUAAUGGCAGCAGCAACACAGAAAGAUCUACAAGAACGUAUGCAAACAGUUGCUCUGCAGUUACAAAAGAUCGAAGAUGAACUACAGUCCACAGUAGAAGUACGACAAAGACUUGAUUCUCAAUUAACAGAGAAUGAACAGGUGAAAAAGGAAUUUUCGGUAUUGAAAUUGGACGAUGUGGUUUACAAAAUGGUAGGACCCGUUUUACUCAAACAAGAACAAUCAGAAGCAAAGACAAAUGUUGAUAAACGAAUCGAUUUCAUUCAAAACGAAAUCAAACGUACAGAAUCACAACUUAAGGAAAUAAAUGAACGUAGCGAAAAGAAACGGCUGGAAGUCGUUGGAAUUCAACAAGCUGCUCAACAAUUACAGCAAGGUGGAGAGACAGAAGUUUAAUCGCAAUGUCUUGUAUGAUAUCACAAAUCGCACAAUGUAUACUAUCGUCAUUAGGGAUCGAUUCUCUCUUUUUCUGUUUAGUAUGUAUACAA